AUGUUGAACAAUAUGGAUUUGAAUGCGAAAGAUUCUUUUUACCCUCAGUUUGACAAUUGCAACAGUUCUUCUUUGGGGAUGGAAACCAGCGCGCGGAAAGAGAACCAGGAGGUGUAUGUCGAUGCAGAGCGGGGGGUACCUGCCCAGUUUGGCCACGGUGAGUUCGCCUCUUUGCACUGUCGAUUAAAAAAAAUCUGCAUGCAUUAGAUUUUAGAUCUCUUAAAAUGCGAGUCCAACAGAAUAAAAGACAACUCUGUCAAUGCAGACCGUUCUCCCAAUGCGUCUUAUCAAUGCAUUCCUGUGCCAAAUACGCACGAAUGUUUAUGUAACGCAGAUUUUCUUCCUCCUUUAAUUUUGAAUGUCAAAUAUAUAAAACACUGGCGAUGACAAAGUUUUCUCUUGAUCUAAUUCAACAGAAGGAGCUCCUGCUACCCUCAAAACCGAAGCUUCCAACUCGGAAUUUGCUUUUAACCCGUGCGAGUGCCCAAAAGACACCUACACCCCCUCCUCUCUCGCCUACUCCGGCAGUUUUUAUGUGGAGGCAUCUCAGGGAGCGCCGUGCAGCACCGAAACACUCCUCAAUAUGAUCACCGAGAUCGUGGGCAUCUCCACAAUGCCACUUUCAGAAGCGCAACAGAGCGGCAACAGUCGGGGAACUUACCCGUCGCCUGCGCCGAUGGACAGCAGCAAUGGCAAUUUUGGGGACGUUAAAAGGCAACCCUACACCUGCUCCGGACCCACUCCCCCAGUUUACUCUCCAGACCAAACGUGCCAGAGGUAUCCUGACGAUCAGACCGGCAGCCAGGCCCAAGACCCGUCAACCUCCCAGCUCAGCUUCGGCUCCUCUCGAGCUCCAAACCAGAAGAAAGAUGAACCAAAGUCCGAGGCCGCUUCUUUCCCUGUCGUGGUGAAAAACGAGUUUGAAAGUAGCUGCUACGAAUGGGGUACAUUUACCAACAAGACGGACUGUUUGGAGACUAGUUUCCAGUCUGAAACCUUCCCGAUGUCGAGCGAUUUCCCCCCUGACCAGCAGAUGGAUGUGAAGGAACUUUUAGACACGUUUCCCCCGAUUUGUCCCAACCCAGAGAUGGAGUUUAAAGUGGAGGGGGGGAUCAAACAGGAGCCGUGUUUUUCUGACACCUGCUCCCAGAGCUACUCCAGCCCCCUUUACAACAAUUACCUCCCCCCACCCCCUCCAAUGGGCCUCUCAUCCAACCUCAAGCCCUUCCCCGAGCCCCCACAGCCCACUAACCAGUGUGACCCUUUAUACACAUCACCAGCUCUACCCAGCACUAUAGACUCCAUCCUCUACUCUUCCUUGUUGCCAGAUUCUUUCGCCCAAAGUUACAACCCCCGUCCGCCCAAACCCCCACGGGCCAGAAAGAGUCCCGCGGCCUCUCAUGGCCCCGCCAAAGAGAAACCCUUCUCCUGCCCCAUGGAGAGCUGCGACCGGCGCUUUUCACGCUCGGACGAGCUCAACCGGCACAUCCGCAUCCACACGGGCCACAAGCCUUUCCAGUGUCGUAUCUGUUUGCGCAGUUUCAGCCGUAGCGACCACCUCACCACUCACACCAGGACUCACACCGGGGAGAAGCCUUUUUCGUGCGACGUGUGCGGCAAACGGUUCGCCCGGAGCGACGAGAGGAAACGGCACGGACGCGUACACCUGAAACAAAAGGAGAAAAUGGAAAUAAAGCCACAGGUGAGCACAGGCGCGUGGCCCUUCACUCUCCCCGAGGGAAUCUGA